GCUAAAUUCGGCGCGUAAGUCGAGAAAGCGCAACCGCGACUACGAUUGUAUGUACUUCGCUGAUUCUGAAAAAAAAAAAAAAUCGAACCGCUAUCGUUGUACGAAAUACGUCACGAUUGUCAGCGACGAUGAUUUACAACAGUUGCUGAAAAAAUGUUGCGGAACGCAUCGCAAUAAUGGCAUUAUAUGUCGCUUCGCCCAAAACGCGACGAUUGACGCCGGUCGCUUGUUAUUGAUUUCCUCGCACAUACCUCUCAUACAUACAUAACUCUCUAACACCCAUAAACAAUAGCGGAAUACCAUGUACCGACACGAUUGAGGAGGUAUCGUCGAUCGGAAAAUUGCCCUUGUUGGCAAUUGGCGAGAUAUGAAAUGGCAGAUACAGAUCCACAGUUCAAACGCCUUUUACUGCCAGCAGAGGAAACUCUGUUUGAGCAAUUGUUGAGAUUUGGCCUCUAUGUUGGCGCAGUAUUCCAAAUUAUAUGCUUAUUGUCUAUAGUGAUAUAUCAGGCAGGUCCAUCCGACGGUGUGGCAGCUUUGAAGGAUGAUCCAAGUGAUGUAGAAUGUUCUGAAAACAGUCCUCAAGUAACACCAAGAAGACCUCACCGACCGCGCAAACAGGAGAAGAAGAAGAGACGUUAAGACAUUCUUUCUGUAUCAGUCAAGUUUUACAUUUUCUAAUUUAUCUAUUUUUACAUUUGUAUACUUACAUUUUAUGAUUAUUUAUACUUACAUUUUAUGAUUAUUUAUACUGACAUUUGAAGGCUUUUUACUUCCAAGAAUACAUAAUUCCUUCCACGUUAUAUAUUCUGAAAUAUAUAUAUAAAGUUAGUGUUGAAAAAAAUAUAAUAUUAAUUUCUUAAAUA